CUACUACUACUACUACUGCUACUACUACUACUACUACUACUACUACUACUGCAUUUGAGAUACCACCACCACCACCACCACUACUACUACUACUACUACUACUACUACUAUGAAGCCACAGCCGAGCAAGCGAGUGGCCUUCGUUGGACUGUUAGGAAGGGAAGAGAGAGAGAGAAGAGAGAAAGAAGACAUAGAAGAAGAGAGAGACUUGCUACACGGAGAAGAGAGGCAGAGGUGCAAGUUUACAGCGUGGUAUGAGAUCGUGUUGUUCUUCUCUGUGUCUUUCUACAUCGCUGACCUCUGCCUUGACCUCUGGGUGUGCGCCGCCCAUUUCCAGACAAAGCGGUCAAGAUCAGCGUGGUUCAUCUUCUUCUGCAUCCUUCUGCCAAACCUCUACGCUGGAUAUAAGUCACUACAAUGGUACCUCCGGGCACACGAGCAGUACCCAAUAAGAAGACCCGCCGUGUGGAUAGUGCGGGUCCUAUUCUUUCCCAUCAGCCCCAUAUUAAGGUACAUAGACGCCUGGGUGUAUGGGAGACGCGCCCGGAGACACUGGCGGAACAAGAACUACACUUUAGAACAGCGGAACUUUGAAAACUACUUGGUUGAGAUCGCAGAAGUCGCGUUACUAAGACUUGUCAUAAUAUUCCUCGAAGACGCCCCAAUAGUGGUGUUAAACCUCGCGCAGCUGCUCCAGACGCCCCCCUCGACCUUCAUGCCCCCGUCACCAACCCAGCCACCUGUCGAGUCACCAGGAGAGGCCCCAGGAAGAGAGUCUGUGGGUGUUUUAGUGGGUGGUUUUGAAGAGGUGGUGAAUCGAACAGGCGUUGCUGCCACUACACCACUGCCAGGCUACAACACCUGGGCCAUCACCAUCCUGGCAGUGCGUUUGGGGUCAGUUGUGGCCAAGCUAACCUGUACAAUGACAUUAGGAGUUGUUCAUUACAUUUCCUGCAAUAAACUGGCCUGGCAUCUUGCAAACACCUCCACCCAGGGCCGGGGGUCGCUGGGGCAGGGUAGAGGGUCCCAGGGGGUGCAGGGGAGAGCCAGGGGUCGAGGCAGGGGUUCAGAGUUAGCUGCUCCUGCUGAUACGAAAGGAGUGCUGUCGUGGGGUGCUGAGGCAACGAUAUACUGCUGGCAACUGUUGGCGAUUGGGUCGCGAGUGGUUGCCUACGGACUGCUGUGGGUGGUGUAUUUUGACUGGCUGUGGUUGCCCAUCUCCCUACGCUGGCUCCUUCAUGCCCUGUGGAUCUACUUCGACGUGGCAGACAUGUCCCUGGUGAAUUCUGUGGCGUUUGGGGGAAUCUACCUGUUCUCCUUUGUCACCACCUCACCCGGCAGACAGAUCCUGCGUAUAGCCCUCUACUAUACCAUCACCCUAUCGGAGCACCUCAUCAUUGCCUUACUGUGGCACUCAGCGGCACCCGACAACCCCUACCAUGACCUGGGUAUUGGCAUUAUGUUUGGGGGAGCUCUUGGGGGACUCCUCUUCCUCACCCUAUACUAUGGCUGCUGUCACCCGGAUAAGGAAAAUACUUGGUUCUGGCACUGGUAUAAUGAGAGGAAGAGGGUGAAGGCUGUGGGUGAAUCUGUGGGUGAGACUGGGUGAGUGUUGGGUGACUAGGGAGUGGGUAGGUAACGGAUUUCAAUGGGGAAAUGUUUAGGAGAGAGAGAGAAAGGGUGAGAGAAGAGUGUGAGUGUUAUGGGUGACUUCGGGUGAGAAUGAGUGAGUGUAUGGGUGACUAGGGAGUGGGUGGGUGACGGAAUUUGACGGGAGAAACACUAGGAGAGAGAGAAAGAGUGAGAGAAGAGUGUGUGAAGGCUGUGGGUGAGAGCGGGUGACUAUGGGUGACUGUGGGUGAGAGGGGAGUAGGUAGGUGACGGAAUUUGACGGAAAAACACUAGGAGAGAGAGAAAGAGUGAGAAACGAGUGUGUGAAGGCUGUGGGUGAGAGCGGGUGACUAUGGGUGACUGUGGGUGAGAGGGGAGUGGGUGGGUGACAGAAUUUGACGGGAGAAACACUAGGAGAGAGAGAAAGAGUGAGAGAAGAGUGUGUGAAGGCUGUGGGUGAGAGCGGGUGACUGUGGGUGAGAGGGGAGUAGGUAGGUGACGGAAUUUGAUGGUAAAAACACUAGGAGAGAGAGAGAGUAAGAGAGAAGAGUGUGUGAAGGCUGUGGGUGAGAGCGGGUGACUGGGUGACUGUGGGUGAGAGGGGAGUAGGUAGGUGACAGAAUUUGACGG